AUGCAGUCCCUGUGGCUCUGCUGGUUACUAGGGGUGCUGCCCCUGGCUGGCCAUGGGGCAGCUGUGACCGAGGAGCAGGUCCUGGUCAGGCUACUGCGGCAGCUGAAGCUCAGCCAGGCUCCCAUCCUGGACAGGGUGGACGUGGAGGGGAUGGCCAUCCCUGCCCACGUGAGGGCCCAGUAUGUGACCCUGCUACAGCGAAGUCAUGCUGACCGCUCCCGAGGCAAGAGGUUCAGCCAGAACUUCAGAGAGGUGGCAGGCAGGUUCCUGGUGUCCGAGACCUCCACGCAUUUGCUAGUGUUUGGCAUGGAGCAGCGGCUGCGGCCUAACAGUGAGCUGGUGCAGGCCGUGCUGCGGCUGUUCCAGGAGCCGGUCCCCACAACUGCUCUCCGGAGGCAAAAGAGGCUGUCCCCACACAGUGCCCGGGCUCGCGUCACCAUUGAGUGGCUGAGAGUUCGUGAAGAUGGCUCUAACCGCACUGCCCUCAUCGACUCCAGGCUCGUGUCCAUCCACGAGAGCGGCUGGAAGGCCUUCGACGUGACGGAGGCAGUGAACUUCUGGCAGCAGCUGAGUCGGCCGAGGCAGCCACUGCUGCUGCAGGUGUCGGUGCAGAGGGAGCAUCUGGGUCCGGGGACGUGGAGCGCACACAAGUUAGUCCGUUUUGCUGCUCAAGGAGCGCCGGGCAGCGAGGGGCGGGGCGAGCCCCAGCUGGAGCUGCACACGCUGGAUCUCAAGGACUACGGGGCUCAAGGCAACUGUAACCCUGAGGCCCCAGUGACUGAAGGCACCAGAUGCUGCCGCCAAGAGAUGUACCUUGACCUGCAGGGGAUGAAGUGGGCUGAGAACUGGGUUUUGGAACCCCCAGGGUUCCUGGUCUAUGAGUGUGUGGGCAGCUGCCUGCAGCCACCAGAGUCCCUGACCAUCAAGUGGCCGUUCCUGGGGCCGCGGCAGUGUGUUGCGUCAGAGAUGACCUCCCUGCCCAUGAUUGUCAGCAUGAAGGAGGGAGGCAGGACCAGGCCUCAGGUGGUCAGCCUGCCCAACAUGAGGGUGCAGACUUGCAGCUGUGCCUCAGACGGGGCUCUCAUACCGAGGGGGAUCGAUCUGUAGUCCCUACACAGCCACGCUUUGACACUUAGUGAGUUAACUUGUCCUAACUCAGUGCCCACAUUUCACCUUUGCCCCACAGUCUUCCCUGUCAUGGCUGCCUUGUCCAUCACCCAGUCUAAGCACUUACAUAAGUGAAUACUGUCAUCCCACUGGGAUACCCUGGCCCAGUUAGCGGGGGACAUGGUGGCGGACAGGUUUCAGCUGAAUCUGUUUUCUGGCCAAUUCUCAGCUAGCUGUGCAACAAAACCCUAUGGUGGGAGCAGGGGAACCCGCUAAUUUACUCGACCAUGUGGUGAUAUUUAAAUUCAUUUAAACCAAACAAAGCAAGUAGAAAAGUCCCAGCGAGCCCCAGUUAGUAGGCUAUCUAAAAAAGAGCCUCCUUAGUACUAGCACAUUCUAGACUUCUUUAUUCUUUUGGGACAGGGUCUCAAUAUGUAGCUCAGGAUGGCAUCAAACUCAAACACACCUCUCUCUGCUCCCAAGUGCUGAGUUAAAGGCAUGCACCAUUAUGCUCUGCCCCUUCUAGAUGUUUAAAAACACACUGUGGCCAGACAGUGGUGGUGCACACCUUUAAUCCCAGCACUCAGGAGACAGAGGCAGGUGGAUCUCUGAGUUUGAGGCCAGCCUGGUCUACAGAGCUAGUUCCAGGACAUCCAGGGCUACAUAGUGAAACCCUAUCUCUAAAAACCAGAAUACAAAACAAAACCACCACCACCACCAAAAACCAAAACAACACCGGCAAAACUCACACUGUUGUGGUCUUUGUUCUAAGAGCACUAAGAGGAACGAGGAAGAAGAGCUAUAGGUUAGGACACUGGUCAGGAAAUCAAACACUUAGCUUCUGGGGGGAGCUGACCACAAGCAGGGUCUCAAGGCAGCAUGGAAGCCUAUGGGCUACUGUGCUAGCUUAAAAAGGAGUGGUGGUCUCCAGCUCUGAGGCUUCAUUGCCCCAGGGAACAGACAGCCCCCCAGCAUUGUGUGCUAUUGCAGUGUUAGCGUGACCCGGGUGUGUUUAGCGUUCCCAUCUAUCUUAGAGAAUAGCAUGAGAAAGUAUGUGUGUUAACAGGAUACUUUGUUUGUAUUUAGCAAAAACCAGUUGAACAUAGAUUAUCUGAAGGAACAAAAUUAAAGCAAUGUCUCACUCUGUGUGUCUGCGUCAUUUCUAAUACUCUUCACUAGAGGGUGAUGGGAAACCAUAGCACCAUGCUUGGAGGGUACAGGGAUAAUCAAAGACUCCCAGUUUUGGAAGCUUGAACACUGCACUAAGUUUAAAUUCCUCAUGUGACUCUUAUUCAAAAUAUUAUAUUGAACAAUUAUAUAAACCUCCUCUUUAGAAAAAACUUUGACCUUUGCAAUGGAGAUGCAGGUGAUAGUUGCGUGGUAAGCAAGCAUUUCCUGGGCUCGGCAAUAGUAUGAUAUAUACAUGUAUGGUCAUGCCCAAGUUAAUUAUCCCCACAAAAGAACCUCCACGGAAUCCUAUUGUUGGAUUAGGAGCAGCAGGGCUGCGUCCCCAGCACCCGGCCGCCCGCACGGCAGGCUUAUGCCCAGAAAUAAUUACACAGAAACUGUAUUCUUUCAAACACUGCCUGGCCCAUUAUCUGUAGCCUCUUAUUGGCUAGCUCUUACAUAUUGUUCUAACCCAUUUCUAAUAUUCUGUGUAGCCCACGAGCUGGCUUACCAGGGAGGAUCUUAACCUGCGUCUGUCUGGAGCAGGAGAACCAUGGCGACUCCUUGACUAAGCUUCUUUUUCCCAGAAUUCUCUUCUGUCUACUCCACCUACCUAAUUUUCUGUCCUAUGAGGGCUGAGGCAGUUUCUUUAUUAUACUUAACCAAUGUCCUUCCUCCAUCAUUUCCCCUUUUUCUGUUUAAACAAAAAAGAAAGGCUUUAACUUUAACAUAGUAAAAUUACAUAUAACAAAACAGUUAUCAAGCAAGAAUUACAGUUACAAUAUUUAUAUCUAUUUUAUCUCUUAUCAUAACUAAGGAAAACUAUAACUAUUCAUUCUUCAACUCCAUCAAAGACUCCAGAAGGAUAUAAUAAUACCUAAGUAAACAAGAAAUAAGAAAACUCUAGAAAUGACAGAGACAUCUCGCUGCCUGGACAGUCACCCAAAGUUCCUCUGUACCGUUGGGGCAUCCAUCUUCGGCCUACAGGCCCAUGGUAUCCAGAGACAUUUCCAUGAAGCAGGAAAUUUCAAAGACAGUUCAGUCAUUUUCUGCUGUGUCCUGCAGAAUGUCUCGCAGACUCUUUCAUGAAUCAGGAACCCCGAAAGACCAUCUCACCUUUAGGCAAGUUCAGCAGUCCUCUCUCUGCGGGUUCUCUGUGUCCAGUUUAUGCAACAGUCCAGGCAAGAGCAGUUUCUUGCCCAAAUGGCUAUCAAACUCCAUAAGGAUCCUCUUCGAUGCCCAUCUUCCUCUUGAAGUAGCUGGUGCUGCCAGGAGCAGACGUGUCUCCUUGUCAUGAAAAGUCCUAAGUUAUUAAAAUAUUUUAAAUGCCAUAUUCUGCAGUCUUUGAAAGAUAUGAAGAAUGCCUAUCUAAUUGAAAUAUAUCUCUAUAUAUCUAGAAAAUCUAAUUAACAUGACUACAAGCUUAACUAUUAGCAAUGAUUAUCCAUUAACAACCUAUAUUUCCUAAUUAUACAUUACAUUUUAAAUGAACUACACAAUCACAAUACCUUAAUCAAGAUCAAAAAUACAUAUACAUAUAACAAAAUUGACCUUAAAAUCCAUACCAAUGCAAAUUAUUCAUAUCUAUAU